CUUUAUGGUAAAAAUUAUAAGUAUUGAAUCAUCGAAUACAUAACAAAUCUUUUCUAGAAAACACUAUAAAUAGAACAGAAACUAGACGAGUUUCAUCGACUAUUGACACAUUGAUUAAACUCGAAAGUUUGCAAAAACAAGAUUAAUAAUGCAUCCAAGAGUUAAUGGCAUGAUUGUAGGGUUUGUUGCAGCACUGAUUUAUCUGAUUAGAGGAUCGGAAGCGGUUUCCAAUGCGGGUUUACCACCGAACUGGGGUUUAACUACUGUUAACCGGUCUAGUUUCCCUAGUGAUUUUAUCUUUGGUUCUUCUUCUUCUUCGUUUCAGAAUGAGGGUGGAACAAAUGAAGAUGGUAGAUCGCCAAGUAUAUGGGAUACUUUUACUCGAAGACAUUCUGACAAGAUCGCUGAUCACAGUAACGGGAACAUGGCAACUGAUAGUUAUCAUCGAUACAAGGAGGAUGUUAAGAUGAUAAGGCAAAUGAGCAUGGAUGCGUACAGUUUCUCUAUCUCAUGGUCUCGAGUUAUACCACUUGGAAAAGUAAGCAGUGGUGUUAAUGAGCGAGGAAUUUCAUACUACAAUAACCUCAUAAAUGAACUUCGAGCCAACGAUCUUGAACCCUUUGUGACUCUAUUUCACUUUGAUCUUCCUCAAGCUCUAGAAGACGAGUAUGGAGGGUUCUUGAGUUCCCGUGUUGUGAAUGAUUUUCGUGAUUUCGCGGAGCUAUGUUUUAGAAGAUUUGGUGAUCGGGUCAAAUACUGGAUCACCAUGAACGAACCAUGGAGCUAUAGUGUCGGAGGUUAUGAAAAAGGCAAUUUUGCCCCUGGCCGGUGUUCUGACGCUGUGGGUAAAUGCCCCGCCGGCGAUUCAGGAAUCGAGCCUUAUAUCGUCACUCAUAACAUGCUUCUUGCCCAUGCAGCUGCCACCAAAUUAUAUCAUGAUAUCUAUAAGGGGCCUCAAAAUGGCAAGAUUGGAAUCUCACUUGUGACACGAUGGAUGGUGCCAUAUUCCGACGUGAAAUUACAUCGGGAUGCUGCAAUUCGUGCUCUUGAUUUUGAUUUUGGUUGGUUUAUGAAUCCAUUAACGUUUGGGGAUUACCCUGAGAAUAUGCGAAUUAAUGUUGCAAAUAGAUUACCUCGAUUCACAGCAGAAGAAUCCUACACAUUAAAGAAUUCGUUGGAUUUUCUUGGAUUGAAUUACUACACAGCGAAUUUUGUGCAACAUGUUUCUGAAGCUGUUACUGAUAACAUGACUCGUUCUUCCGAUUCUCAAGCUGAAUUAUCAAUUGAAAGGAAUGGAAUUCCAAUUGGUUCAAAGGGUGGAUCGGAUUGGCUUCGGUCAUACCCACAAGGAAUUCACGAUCUUCUAGUGUACAUUAAAAACAACUACAACAAUCCAAUAAUUUACAUUACAGAAAAUGGAGUUGAUGAGCCUAACAAUUCCUCGUUAUCUCUCCGAACUGUUCUACAAGACGAUUUCCGGGUUCAAUAUUAUGUUGUUCAUCUUCAGAAGCUUCUACAAUGUAUCAAUUCAGGAGUGAAUGUGAAGGGUUACUUUGCACGGUCAUUGAUGGACAGCUUCGAAUGGGAUCGUGGCUAUACCGUCCGGUUUGGGCUACAUUUUGUGGAUUAUAACAAUGAUUUGAGACGAUAUCCUAAGUUUUCAUCAACUUGGUUAACCAAUUUCAUGCGGAUUAAGGGCUAAAAAAGCAAAAAGAUAGAAUAUAUGAAGAUCUAGUAUUUUCUUCUCUACUUUUCUUUAAAUAAGAUUAAUGAAUCAAGCUUUGUUUCUUUCUAUUUAAACAUUGAUUAUGAAAAUAUAAUCUUUUAAAUAAGCAUCAAACUUUAGAAUCAUUAAUAAAUAAUACAAAGAACGGAUUAAACAUGUAUAAGUUAGGCAUCAACGUCGAUUCCUUUAAUUCUUUUGUUCAUAUAAUAUUUUAUUUUGGCU